GUCCGACAUGUUGGCUGUCGGGUGACCAGGCACAAACCGCGCCUUGGGGCAGCGGUUUGUGUCCUGACACUAUAAAACGCCGCUUGGAGAAGCGGUUUGUGUCCUGACACUAUAAACUGCCCUUUGGGUAGGCGGUUUGUAAUGCCGACACAUAAACGCUCUUUCCUAAAGCGUUUUGUGGUAGGGUUAGCCUAUAACCGCUCCUUCCAAAAGCGUUUUGUUCUGGAAAUUAAAAACGCUUUUCCGUGGCGCGGUUAUUAUGUAAAACGCUUCCUGGAAGCGCGGUUUUAGUAAAAACCGCUCCAUAGAGGCGCGGUUUUAAAUAAAGGAUGGUAUUUUUGGAAAUUAUUUGGAGUGGGUGGUAUUUUUGUAAUUUUUUUUUAAACAGUGGUAGUUUUGGAUUUUUUCCGACAUUGUUUGCGCCAAGGGCAAGCACUUCGUGGGCAUGAUGAAUCAGAAUCUUCAAAGAAUAGAGGGAAUUUUAUUGAACUACUGAAAUUUCCUGCUCGUGGUAGAGAGGGUGUGGAAAGUGUUGUGUUGAGAAAUGCUCCAAAAACCUUCAGAUGACUUCCCCAGAAAUUCAAAAGGAUAUUGUCCAUGCAAUUGCAUGUGAAGUGACCAAGCAAAUCAUAUGCGACAUUGGAGAUGAUGUUUUUUCCAUUUUGGUGGAUGAGGCUCGUGAUACAUCAAUCAAAGAGCAAAUGGCUAUUGUGUUGCGCUAUGUAAAUGAUGAAGGAUAUGUGAUGGAGAGACUUCUUGGGAUUGCUCAUGUUUCAGAUACUAAAGCCUUAACACUUAAGAAGGAAAUUGAAUAGAUACUAGUGAGGAAUGGAUUGAGCUUGUCAAGAAUAAGAGUACAAGGUUAUGAUGGAGCUAGCAAUAUGAGUGGGGAAAUCAAUGGGCCCAAGGCUUUAAUUUUGGCAGAAAAUUCAUCAGCUUACUAUGUUCAUUGUUUUGCCCAUCAACUCAAGUUAACACUUGUUGUUGUUGCUAAACAACAUGGUGAUGUUAGUGGCUUCUUCACACUUGUUACCAACUUGAUAAAUUUGGUAGGAGGAUCGUGUAAGAGGAUGGACAACAUUAGAGAAAGUCAGGCUGCUAAAGUUGUUGAGGCAUUAUGUUGUGGUGAACUUGAGACUGGACGGGGUUUAAAUCAGGAAGUUGGUCUUAAAAGGCCUUGUGAUACUCGUUGGGGAUCACAUUUUGACACACUUCUUAACUUGCCUGUGAUAUACUCUUCUGUUAUUGAUUGUUUGGACAUCAUCAAAAGUGAGGCAAAAGGUGAUGCAAAAGCUGAGGCAUAUGUCACAUUGAUGUGCAUCAAAACUUUUGAUUUUGCAUUCAUCUUGCAUGUGAUGAUUAAAGUCUUAGCGAUUACCAAUGAGUUAUCUAAAUCAUUGCAAAGGAAAGAUCAAGACAUAGUGAAUGCCAUGCACCUUGUUUGUGGGGCAAAACUUAGAUUACAAGAUUUGAGAGAUAAAGGAUGAGAGUCUCUUCUUGAUAGUGUGGUUUUUUUUUUUUUUUUUGCAAGAAGGAAUGUCUUCCUAUUUCCAACAUGGAUGAGUUAUACAUUCUUUCUGGAAGGCCAAGGAGAAAUGCUCAACAAAUGACCAAUAUGCAUCAUUACAAGGUUGAGUUAUUCUAUACAGUUGUGGAUAUGUAGUUGCAAGAGCUUAACAGUCGCUUUGAUGAAGUGAACACUAAAUUGCUAUGUUGUGUGGCUUGCCUAAAUCCAGAUGAUGCAUUUGUUGACUUUGACAAGAGAAAGUUGUUAAAACUUGCUACCUUUUAUCCUAGUGAAUUCUCUGAUGAUGAUAUCUUACAUCUUGAUCCUCAGCUUGAUACUUAUAUCUUUGAUGUGAAGACGGAUAACAGGUUCACUAAGUUGAAGGGAAUUCCCGAUCUUUGUAGGGAAAUGGUUGUGGCAAAGAAGUUUCGACCAUUUCCAUUGGUGUAUCGACUUGUGAAAUUGGCAUUGUUGUUACCAGUUGUCACUGCAAGUGUCGAAAGAGUAUUUUCCGCCAUGAACUACGUGAAGAACACACUACGAAGUCGAAUGAGCGAUGAAGGAUUGAAUGAUUUUUUGGUAGCAUAUGUUGAGAGUGACAUCGUAGAUAGGUUGGAUGAUGAAUGUAUUUUACAGACUUUUCAAGAUAUGAAAACACGUCGUGGAUCAUUGUAAACAUUAAUAAUUUUUAUUAUAUAUAUAUUUUAUUUCGGACCUACCUUAAGUGAAAUUCUGGCUACGCCCCUGCCCACAACCACACCAAAACAAGGUGCUUCCUCGUCAUCAUUCUUACCUUCGACCCAGCGAAAGAAUAGACAAUUUUUUUGUAUGCUUCUACCAAAGAGAUUAAGAAAGCAGUAAGGUAUUAUAACUGUCAAUGAAUUCCCUCCAAUUGAACAACUCAUGCUUAUAUUAUGUUCCAAUAGGAGCAACAGUAGAAUUCCCACCCUGGAUUGAGUUCAGUUCCAGAAACAUAAGUGAUAGCUGUUAUAUUCUGCCCACACUUAAUGAUACGACAAUUGGAGGAAUUAGAGUCAGAAUUGAUUUGAGCGAUUCUUCUACCUGAGAUGUUUAAAUUGCCGCCACAAAGCCCACAAUUAUGUAAUCAUCGCACCAGGCUGUCGCAACUAUCACCUCUCCUUGACGAUGCAAUAAUCUAGGUCGCUUCUCACCGAUCUAACUACCUUCGUCACUCCGUGUUCAUGGAAACCACUGUCGACACUCCGUGCAGACACAACUAUCACCGUUUCUCCAUGAAACCACAACACCACCGUCACUUUGAGCACAUGCAACUAUCGUCAUCCUCCCCUUCCUCCAUCUUCCAUUGCCUCGGAAACGACGUCCAGACCAAGUGUGGGUUGUGGGAUCAUAGAAGGUAAGAUGGAGGGAACAUGAGAAUGAGGUAAAAUGAGCUCGAAAGAAGGAGGGGCAAUAAUUAGUAAAUAAAAUAUGUGAAAUUUGGAAAUAAAAAAGAAUUUAUUAAUUUGACGUGUCAACCGACGUGGUUUCUACGUGGCCACCACGUAUGUGCAACGCAACCAACAAUCAUCACUUAAUGGACGUUUGUCUGGUCAACCGUUAUCUAUAAUGGAUGAAUGGUCAACAAAAUCAUCAUGACACAAAUGACACACAACUAUCAUACAGUGGGGUAUUUUCGGAAUAUUGAAUAGGUUGGAACACAAAUCAGAUGUUUCAUAUAGUUCGGGUUUUCUAGUGAUAUUAACCCUUAUCACAAUGAUAAUAUAAUGAUAUGAUAGUC